GAACGAACCCAUCAAAGAGUUGGAGCAAGCAAACUAAACAAAGCUAGCUAGCCUGUAGCUGCCUAGCUAGGUUAAGCAAUCAUGAUGAUGAUGAAGCCUCAGCUGCAAAAACCACCCUCCUCCUCUGCUAGAUCUAGUCCUCUCUUACCACUAAAACCUGGCAGCUCCGCCAUUCUGAGCAGCCCUUCCUUCGUCAACAUCCUUCCUGCACACGGCCACACAAAGCACCACUUGAGCAAAAAAUUUAAUCGCAUCCGAGCCUCCGGUGAAGUAAAGGCAACGACGGCAACCACCACAGGGUUGGAUCAAAAGGAUACUGCAGUCACAGUAAAGGCAGUGGUUACGGUGCAAGAAACAGCGGCAAACAUCCUCUCCACCCUUAGCUUGACUGCACCGCUCGACGCCCUCACCGAUUUCGCUGGCAAAACCUUUCUUCUCGAGCUUGUCAGCGUUCAACUUGACCACAAGACUGGGUUGGGGAAAGAAACAAUAAAGGGGUAUGCACACAAAGUGAACCAAAAAGAGACGAUCGUCACAUACGAGAGUGUGCUGACGAUCCCAGCGGGUUUCGGGGAUAUCGGAGCGGUUCAGGUUGAGAAUGAGCACCACGAGGAGGCUUACAUCAAGAGUAUCGAGAUCUCCUGCUUCCCAAAUGUCACCUCUGUUAGUGUUCCAUGUAAUUCAUGGACUCAUUCCAAGUAUGACAAUAAGCAAAAGAGAAUCUUUUUCACCAACAAGUCUUACUUACCAUCAGAGACACCAAGUGGGAUCAAGAGGCUAAGAGAAGAGGAGCUGCAACUUCUGCGAGGAAAUGGCGAGGGUGAAAGGAAAGCAUCUGAAAGGAUUUACGAUUAUGAUACAUACAAUGAUCUUGGAGACCCGGAUAGCAAAGACGAGUUGGCUAGGCCUGUCCUUGGUGGAAAAGACCACCCGUACCCUAGGCGCUGCAGAACUGGACGACCACGCACUAAAAAGGAUCCAUUAUCCGAGGAAAGAAGCAGCAGCGUGUAUGUGCCAAGAGAUGAAGCGUUUUCAGAGUUGAAACAGCUCACAUUCUCUACAAAGACCCUGAAAUCUGUGCUGCACGCAUUGCUUCCUCAACUUGAGAUAACACUUGUUGAUCCAGAGCUAGGAUUUCCCGACUUCACAGCCAUAGAUUCAUUGUUCAAUGAAGGAGUCACAUUGCCUAAGCCAACAGCUAGUGGCUUUUUUCAGUCAAUCAUCCCAAGGCUAGUCGAGGCAAUUAGCGAUGGACAAGAUGAUCUCUUGCUCUUUGAGACCCCUGAAAUACUUGAUCGUGAUAAAUUUUCUUGGUUCGAAGAUGAAGAAUUUUCUAGGCAAACUCUAGCUGGUCUUAAUCCAUAUAGCAUAGAGCUAGUUACGGAAUGGCCAUUGAAAAGUAAACUUGACCCCGAGAUUUAUGGCCCAGCUGAAUCAUUGAUCACCACAGAACUGGUGGAGAAGGAAAUCAGAUGCUUUAUGACUGUCGAUGAGGCCUUAAAAAGAAAGAAGCUCUUUAUUUUGGAUUAUCAUGAUCUGCUCAUGCCUUAUGUGAACAAAGUGAGAGAGGUUGAAGGAACCACACUGUAUGGUUCUCGGACAAUUUUCUUCCUCACUGAGAAUGGCACACUGAGGCCUGUUGCCAUUGAACUCACUCGACCACCCAUUGGUGACAAGCCCCAAUGGAAGGAAGUGUUUACCCCAACAUGGGAUGCCACUGGUUGCUGGCUUUGGAGGCUUGCGAAAGCCCAUGUUUGUGCUCAUGAUUCGGGCUAUCAUCAACUUGUCAUCCACUGGCUGAGGACUCAUUGUUGUACAGAACCAUACAUAAUUGCAGCUAAUCGACAACUAAGUGCAAUGCAUCCCAUCUAUAGGCUUCUACAUCCUCAUUUCCGUUAUACAAUGGAAAUCAAUGCUCUGGCUCGAGAAAGCCUCAUUAAUGCAGGUGGAGCCAUUGAGACCUGCUUCUCACCAGCAAAGUACUCAAAUGAGCUCAGUUCUGCUGCUUACAACCAGCUUUGGCGCUUUGACAUGGAAGCUUUGCCUGCAGAUCUAAUCAAAAGGGGAAUGGCAGUUGAAGAUCCUACAGCUGAGCAUGGUGUGAAGCUAACAAUUGAAGACUACCCAUUUGCAAAUGAUGGUCUCAUUCUGUGGGAUGCCAUUAAGGAGUGGGUGGGUGACUAUGUGAACCACUAUUAUCCAGACCCAACUCUUGUUGAAUCUGAUAACGAGCUUCAAGCUUGGUGGACAGAAGUUAGAACGAAAGGCCAUGCAGACAAAAAAGAUGAACCAUGGUGGCCUGUUUUGAAAACCCCAGAAGAUCUCAUUCAUACUUUGACAACUAUAAUUUGGGUUACAGCUGGACAUCAUGCUGCAGUGAACUUUGGUCAGUACAUGUAUGCCGGAUACUUCCCGAACCGGCCUACAAUAGCUCGAAGCAACAUGCCAACCGAAGAUCCAAACGACGAUCUUUUCAAGGUAUUUUUGAAGAAACCAGAAGCUGCAUUGCUGAGGAGCUUCCCCUCACAGAUUCAAGCAACAAAAGUGAUGGCUCUCUUGGAUGUAUUAUCGAACCAUUCACCCGAUGAGGAGUACAUUGGUGGGAAUGUGGAGUCAUCUUGGGCUGAAAACCCGGUGAUAAAGGCAGCUUUCGAGCGGUUCAAUGGCAAUUUGAAGAAGCUAGAAGGAAUUAUUGAUGAGAGGAACACCAAUAUGAAGCUGAAAAACAGAGUCGGAGCAGGGGUUGUUCCAUAUGAGCUUUUGAAGCCAUUCUCAGAAUCAGGGGUCACAGGAAAGGGAGUUCCCAACAGCAUCUCCAUCUAAAUGCGUUGAUGCGCGCUUUAUUAAUUGUAUUAGUAAUUAACGCUUAAUUAAUCUACAUCCGUCAGUGAUAACUGAUAAUGUGAAACCUUAAUAUUUCCAUGAAAAAUGGUUUCGUUUCACUCUCAUUAUUUCUUUGAGCUAAAGAUUGUAGCUUCACUUAAUUAUUGUCUAUGA